GUUCACCGGGACGGGGUGGAGCGGAAGAAAAUGUAAAUCUAUCAAAUAAUCAGAUUGUUUUUCUUCGUGUUUUGGUUUCCCCGCCACGGACGUAAUUUGACGAUACUGCGGAUUUCGUGGUUGAAAAGUGAGACUUUUUUUUAAAUUAAAGGUACACCGAAGAUAAACAUGAGCGACCCCAGGCCAGACGGGGUGGAUCAGUGCGAGCCUGGAGUGUGCGAAGAAAGUUCCCUGAUAACGACGGAUUCGUUCGAAGAAUUUUCCCACGAAAUAAAUAGCCUACCGGCGGAAAGUGUGCAGGAAAAUCCCACCCACCUGCAGGAACUUGGUGAACGUACCGAUGCAGACGAGAAGGCGCGUGAGGACGAUCAGGAAAGUGUGUCCGAUCGUAGCAAUAUAGCGAGGGUGCAGAAUGACACGGUCACUAAUAACCCGGCUGACGGUGGGAUGAGCAAGUCGAGUUCGUUCAGUAGUGCCAAAAGCAGGGAAUUCGAUGCAUCUACUACUAGUCUUGCUGAAGCAACGGAACCCAGCAGUGGCGGAACCGUAGCGAUCGGCACUGAGUUAGAUUCGGGUGAUUAUCUGCACGAUACCGAAUUUCUAAACCGCAAGCGACACGUCUUCAUACUGAGCACGGCGGGCAAACCGAUCUACUCGAUGCACGGCAAUGAAGACAAAUUGGCCACCUUGUUCGGAGUGAUGCAGGCACUAGUUAGUUUUAUCCAAAGUGGCAACGAUACGAUCAAAUCGAUCCAUGCUGCCGGUGUAAAGUUUGUGUUUCUAGUUAAAUCACCCUUGAUUCUGGUGGCGGUUUCGCGGACAUCCCACAGCGUGCAACAAAUACAACUGCAGCUCACUGACGUGUAUAAUCAAAUUCUUUCCACCCUAACGCUUAGUCAUAUGAUCAAAACGUUCGAGAGGCGAAAAAAUUUCGAUCUUCGUCGGUUGUUGGCCGGUAGCGAACGGCUGAUCGACCAUUUGCUGGUCAGUGACAAGUGCGAUCGGAAGGUGGUGUCGAAUAAUCCGUUCAGCUUUAUGACGCACUCGGUGCGCAUCUUGCCGCUGCAGCCGUCCGUGCGAGAAACGGUUGUGUCCGCUAUACAGAGCAACUGCGGAAAGAUCAAGAACCUGGUGUUUGCAGUAUUAAUUGCCAACAAUAAGCUGAUCGCACUGGUUCGCAUGAAGAAGUAUUUCAUUCAUCCGGCUGAUUUGAGACUCAUAUUCAACCUGAUCGAGUGCUCGGAAAGCUUCAAAUCGGCCGAAAGCUGGACACCGCUAUGUCUUCCCAAGUUUGACUCGAGCGGAUUCCUGCACGCACACGUAUCGUACCUGGCCGAAGACUGUCAAGCCUGUUUGCUGCUGUUAUCGAUUGAACGGGACGUAUUCUAUACCCUGUCGGAGGCAAAGCGAAAGAUUACUGAGAAACUACGCAGAAGCAAUUGCUUGGAAGCAAUCAACGAUGCAAUCAACAACAAAGGCAUCAAGCUGUUGAACAUUGGCAUUCCAGAGAUAAGACACUUUCUGUACAAAAGCAAGUCGAACGCUCAGCUGCUCUGCUCGGAGCUGACCGUACCGUACUCGAGCGGGGAACAGUUUAAGCGUCUGGAAGGGAUGUACUUUCGGCUACAUCAUCGCAUUCACAACUCUGGCCGCCCCGUCAAGUUGAUCUAUCAGAUGAAGGAAAAGGAAGUGCUGCUUGCUUGGGUGACGCAGGCAUACGAGCUGUUUGUAACGUUUGAGCCGACGGUUGAGAAGAACGAAGUGAUAAGUCUUGUGAAUAAGCUGCUAAAAUGGAUCAAAAAGGAGGAAAACAGUUUAUUUAUCCUUUCUGCACCAACGUUCUAGGAGUCACUUUCUCUGUCGCCUUUGUUGCAGUUCUUUUCGUUCACACCAACAAGCUGGCCGGCAGAGCGAACGUCCUGCAUGCAGGAUUGAAUAUAUUUCCCAACUUGCUAAAAUCCCUUCAUUUUUUCCAACAUACCAUUCCGCCGUGAUAGUUGAUGUUUAGGUCACAUCCGAGCAGUGUGCAGCACUUGACGAAUGAAGUAGUAGAUCGGUAGUUGGGGUAUAGAAAGAGUAAAACAUACAAACGGUACGUGGAAGUGAAGGGCAAAGCGAAUGAUGAGAGCAAUUAUUAUGGAACGUAUUUUGUAUAUAUUUAUUUAUAAUAAUAAGCUACUACUGUGACAUCUUCGUUGCAAUCACUAUAGACUGGACGGACGGUGUGUUAAUAAGUUAUACCAACUAAUAUCGGUUCAUUGUGCCUACGACGAGGAACUGUUCGACGGUUGAGCUGAAGUUACUUAGGGAAAAUGACAUAACAAGUAAAACAAACAAACAAAAAUAUACUAACCCCAUAAACCAUCUCCCGUCUGUGUCCAGUGGUGUAGUCGGAGAUGAUUAAUACCAAAACGAAGGUUAAAACAAAC